AUGGACGACUCGUUCGAGGCGAUUGACGAUGACUCGUUUAUUGCCGACGAGCCGCUACCGAAACGGAGGAAAGUCUUUCCGAAAACUACCCGUCCCUGGGUCGACAAAUAUGUCCCGGUCCAGGCGGGAGACCUCGCGGUGAACCCUUCAAAAGUCAAGCAAGUGGAGACGGCGAUGCGGGAAAUGCCGCUGAAAAACCAACGGAUCUUGGUGCUAAGCGGUCCUGCUGGUAGUGGCAAACUGGCGACCAUUGAGUAUUUAGCCAAACACCGCUUCCAGUUGCCGAUAGUGGAGUUCUUUGAGCAGAAAGGUACCCUUGAUGAAUUUGAGAAUUUCUUGCUUCAAUGCCGGUUCCGUCGAGGUGCCAAUAAAGCGGUGAUUGUUGUCGAAGAGUUCCCCAACGUGUUUUAUCCGGAAACGAUGAUUCGCUUCCGUAAUGCCCUUAAUGAUUGGUUACACGUUGAUAUGGGAACCGAGGGACCGAGCCUCCCAUUACUCGUGCUAGUGGUGUCAGAACUGGAGUACGGCACUGCUGGGGUGUACCUGAUUGACCAGAUGUUUACUCCAUACACGUUAUUAGGGCGAGAGCUUCUCCAUCUGCCUCGAGUGGUCCAGAUAAAGUUUAACGCUGUUGCCGCUCGUUAUGCCAAUAAACUCGUAAAUCGAGUGGUGCAAAAUGAACUGGAAGCGUUUAGAUCUAUUCCAGGCUCAGUGGUGACUCAAUUCUGUCAGCAAUUGAUUAAAACCGGUGAUAUUCGCAGUAUGUUGGCUAACCUCGAAACAUGGACUUCCUUAACGGAAAUCACCCUCCCGCAACGCCAAACGGUUAAACUCAAUAGAGAAGAGGAGCCGCUUAACCUUGACUUGACGCUGAUGUUUAUUCGAGAGAAUCUGUUGAGUAUAUUCCACGCUGUGGGGAAAAUCAUCUUUGGCAGCUCAGCGCUGGACGGAUUCACUGAUGAUACCAAGUUACACGAUUUCUUUAGUGUCGAACAAGUGUUGGCCAAUUUUUCUGAUGAUUUGAACGUGGUUAGUCUUGGCGUGGUCGACAAUUUCGAUAUUUAUCGUCUGGGAAAUUAUGACGUUAAACUUGGUGCCGAGCUAUUAGACUAUUUACUGAUGGCAGACCAACUUGGGAAAGUGCCCUGGGUAUCUCGUGAGUUGGGUUUACGAGGUGCGAGAGCCCUGUUGGCCAAAGCCGGGGAAUCAGGCUCAUCUCGUGGGGGUAGUGGGGGCCACCAUCGGAUGGCAUUCCCCGCUCACCUGCGAAUUAAACGUCUAAGCCACCAGUGUCGCGAUCAGUUAUGGCAAUACCAAUGGUAUGGGCGUCCCUUAAAGCUGGGGGCAGGACUCGUUAGUCUCCAACAGCUUAAUUUAGUCGAUGGUCCUUUGGUGGGAGAAAUCCUAAAUAGGAAGUUUCCUCAGGAUAAAAUUUAUGGGAGAAUUGGGGGAAGGCUACGUACAGUGACAUUACUGAGUGAUAUCGACACUGGCGACGUUGGGGACCCGUCGAAACAGGUGGACCAGUUUGUCGUCGAUUGCGAGCGAGCCAUGGCCUUAGCCGCACGUGAUGACACCACUGUGGGUGGGGAUAGUGACGACGAUGAUGCCCAAUUAAGUGAUCCCAUUAGUGACGUUGAGAGUGAAGACGAUUUCGACUUUAGUGACGAUGACGAUGAGCUAUUGGCCCUAGUGUAA